AUCACUCAGUGAGCUUGAGUCACAGAUGAGUCACACCACGUUUACGUCAUCUGGGCAGGACGAGGAAAUGCGAGACUCAGAAGAGGAAGAAGAACUAAGAAUGCUGGAGAAGGAAAAGAAAAUAAGCCAAGGUUCUGAUUUCUUGAUGCAGAGGCACCUAAAAAGUGGAGCUACCAAUGGCGAGGGUUCAUUUACAAAGUCCUCAAGGCAAGCCUCUAUGACUGCGCUGGUUGGAACCCCACAUGACAGGACUGAUGAAGCGUUAAGUGGGGAAAGCGUCGAUGGUCGUAUCACCGAGCAAAGUAGUAAACCAAAUACGGUGCCUGACAUCAGUAGUCGGGAAGAAAGUUUAGAUUCGGCUGGCGGUAUUCCACGUCUACCUAAUUCUGAUGAUCAGAUGAUAUCAACGGAAGACAGUGAUCUUGCUCCGGGGGAGAACAGUGAAACUGAAGAAUCGCGUGUAGAUGUCACCAAGAUGGAAAUGAAAAACUUGAAAGCAACGCCACAAAUAAAACGUGAAGUAACCUGGGAUGAUAAUGUCACAACCUCUUCCAGGGGGCCAUCAGGAGUUUAUAAUUUGAGUCGUAGUUCUAUGCGUAGUGGCGCCAAGAGUCCAAAGUCUGUUACCAUAGACCCUGUACCGAAUACAGCGUAUUAUGCAGAGGCUGGUACCAGUCUUCCGAGUGGUAGAGCUUCGGAGGCCACAACAUUGACAUCAUAUAGUAAUGCCCCAAUACCGGAAUGUCCUGGAUUAUACGGUUGGAGGUGGGAGGUAGCGUACAUCUACGCCGAAAUCAUGACGUUUCUUUGCCUGAAUGGUAAAACUGCCAAUAUACAGAAACUGGCGUUACAAGGUAGUGGUAAAGUUAAGGCAUUGCAGUAUAAACAAGAAAAGAUAGGACCGCUUGAAAGUGCUGGGUUAUUGGAUCUAGUGGAUUUUCAUGCUAAAACAAGAAACUAGUGACAGGGGU